AUGGUUGUACCCAGCAGCAAAACGGCUAACAUUGACAAUUGUAGUCGUGCAAUGGUGAACAUUAUGUGCGGUCAACAAACGGGCUUGAACAUUGUUCAUUUUAAUGCGCGCAGCCUUAAUUCUGAGAAUUGUCUCCAGUCGAUGUUAUAUGUGUAUCUGAGACGUGGUUCAGGUACAAUGCCCAAUAUCUCCGAAACAAUCGACAUAGAUCUUGCCGAUCCACAUUUCUUUAAACCCUCGCAAAUUGAUAUCGUUCUUGGCAGUGAUCUAAUGCCACAAAUUCUUCAAGACGGUGUCAAGCACAAUGUCUUCGGAAAUCUUUUAGCGCAAAAUUCCAUAUUCGGGUGGUAUCUAAGUGGACCCACCAAACGAGAAGUCAUUUCAUCGUAUCACACUCAUGUCGUUGAGGAUAGUGAAGACUUAAAUUCCCAACUCAAAAAAUUUUGGGAAAUCGAAGAGUUGCCCGAGCACCAUCCGCCAUCUGAAGAUGGCGUUUUUUGUGCGAACCUUUAUCUCAACACCACAUACCGGCAAGAAGACGGGCGCUACGUUGUCCGUCUUCCGUUCAAAAGAACAUUUCCAUCGCAGCUCAAGCUGGGUCGUUCGCGCUCAAAAGCCAUGAGCCAAGCACUUCGUAUGGAACAUACCCUAUACAAAAAUCCCGGCCUAAAAGAUGAGUACACGCAAGUACUUGAAGAAUAUCUAACUCUUAGGCAUAUGAAGCCCACUCCGUCUGAAGAAAUCCAUGACAACGGAACCUACUUGUCAUUUUAUUUACCUCAUCACUCGGUCAUCCGUGCCGAAAGCAAAACAACCAAAUUGGCAACGGAUUCGCAGCGCACGUAUCCAUUAGCCAAACGCAUCCUUACCGAAGAGACGUAUGUCGAUGACAUAUUAUCAGUAGGCUAG